AUGAACACGGAGGAGCCCUUCACCUCCUCCAUCACCUCCUCCAUCACCUCCUCCAUCACCACCUCCAUCACCUCCUCCAUCACUUCCUCCAUCACCUCCUCCAUCACCUCCUCAUCACCACCUCCAUCACCUCCUCAUCACCACCUCCAUCACCUCCUCCAUCACCUCCUCCAUCACCACCUCCUCAUCACCUCCUCCAUCACCUCCUCCAUCACCUCCUCAUCACUUCCUCCAUCACCUCCUCCAUCAGCUCCUCAUCACCUCCUCCAUCACCUCCUCCAUCACCUCCUCCAUCACCUCCUCAUCACCUCCUCCAUCACCUCCUCCAUCACCUCCUCAUCACCUCCUCCAUCACCUCCUCCUCAUCAGCUCCUCAUCACCUCCUCCAUCACCUCCUCCAUCACCUCCUCAUCACCUCCUCCAUCACCUCCUCAUCACCUCCUCCAUCACCUCCUCAUCACCUCCUCCAUCACCUCCUCCAUCACCUCCUCCAUCAGCUCCUCAUUACCUCCUCCAUCACCUCCUCCAUCAACUCCUCCAUCACCUCCUCCAUCACCUCCUCAUCACCUCCUCCAUCACCUCCUCCUUCACCUCCUCCAUCACCUCCUCAUCACCUCCUCCAUCACCUCCUCCAUCACCUCCUCAUCACCUCCUCAUCACCUCCUCCAUCACCUCCUCCAUCACCUCCUCCAUCACCUCCUCCAUCACCUCCUCCAUCAGCUCCUCAUCACCUCCUCCAUCACCUCCUCCAUCACCUCCUCAUCACCUCCUCCAUCUCCUCCUCCAUCACCUCCUCCAUCACCUCCGCAUCACCUCCUCCCUCACCUCCUCCAUCAGCUCCUCAUCACCUCCUCCAUCACCUCCUCCAUCACCUCCUCCAUCACCUCCUCAUCACCUCCUCCAUCACCUCCUCCAUCACCUCCUCCAUCUCCUCCUCAUCACCUCCUCCAUCACCUCCUCCAUCUCCUCCUCAUCACCUCCUCCAUCACCUCCUCCAUCACCUCCUCAUCACCUCCUCAAUCACCUCCAUCACCUCCUCCAUCACCUCCUCCUCCAUCACCUCCUCCAUCACCUCCUCCAUCACCUCCUCAUCACCUCCUCCAUCACCUCCUCCAUCUCCUCCUCAUCACCUCCUCCAUCACCUCCUCAUCACCUCCUCCAUCACCUCCUCAUCACCUCCUCCAUUACCUCCUCCAUCACCUCCUCCAUCUCCUCCUCAUCACCUCCUCCAUCACCUCCCCCAUCACCUCCUCCAUCACCUCCUCCAUCACCUCCUCAUCACCUCCUCCAUCACCUCCUCAUCACCUCCUCCAUCUCCUCCUCCAUCACCUCCUCCAUCACCUCCUCCAUCACCUCCUCAUCACCUCCUCCAUCACCUCCUCCAUCACCUCCUCCGACACCUCCUCAUCACCUCCUCCAUCACCUCCUCAUCACCUCCUCCAUCACCUCCUCCUUCACCUCCUCCAUCACCUCCUCCAUCUCCUCCUCAUCACCUCCUCCAUCACCUCCUCCAUCACCUCCUCCAUCACCUCCUCCUUCACCUCCUCCAUCACCUCCUCCAUCACCUCCUCCAUCACCUCCUCAUCACCUCCUCCAUCUCCUCCUCAUCACCUCCUCCAUCACCUCCUCAUCACCUCCUCCAUCACCUCCUCCAUCUCCUCCUCCAUCACCUCCUCCAUCACCUCCUCCAUCACCUCCUCAUCACCUCCUCCAUCACCUCCUCAUCACCUCCUCCAUCACUUCCUCAUCACCUCCUCCAUCACCUCCUCAUCACCUCCUCCAUCACCUCCUCAUCACCUCCUCCAUCAGCUCCUCAUCACCUCCUCCAUCACCUCCUCCAUCACCUCCUCAUCACCUCCUCCAUCACCUCCUCAUCACCUCCUCCAUCACCUCCUCAUCACCUCCUCCAUCACCUCCUCCAUCACCUCCUCCAUCAGCUCCUCAUUACCUCCUCCAUCACCUCCUCCAUCAUCUCCUCCAUCACCUCCUCCAUCACCUCCUCAUCACCUCCUCCAUCACCUCCUCCUUCACCUCCUCCAUCACCUCCUCAUCACCUCCUCCUUCACCUCCUCCAUCACCUCCUCAUCACCUCCUCAGUCACCUCCUCAUCACCUCCUCCAUCACCUCCUCCUUCACCUCCAUCACCCUCCUCAUCACCUCCUCCUUCACCUCCUCCAUCACCUCCUCCAUCAGCUCCUCAUCACCUCCUCCAUCACCUCCUCCAUCACCUCCUCAUCACCUCCUCCAUCUCCUCCUCCAUCACCUCCUCCAUCACCUCCUCAUCACCUCCUCCAUCACCUCCUCCAUCAGCUCCUCAUCACCUCCUCCAUCACCUCCUCCAUCACCUCCUCCAUCACCUCCUCAUCACCUCCUCCAUCACCUCCUCCAUCACCUCCUCCAUCUCCUCCUCAUCACCUCCUCCAUCACCUCCUCCAUCUCCUCCUCAUCACCUCCUCCAUCACCUCCUCCUUCACCUCCUCCAUCACCUCCUCAUCACCUCCUCAAUCACCUCCAUCACCUCCUCCAUCACCUCCUCCUCAUCACCUCCUCCAUCACCUCCUCCAUCACCUCCUCAUCACCUCCUCCAUCACCUCCUCCAUCACCUCCUCCAUCUCCUCCUCAUCACCUCCUCCAUCACCUCCUCAUCACCUCCUCCAUUACCCUCCUCCAUCACCUCCUCCAUCUCCUCCUCAUCACCUCCUCCAUCACCUCCCCCAUCACCUCCUCCAUCAUCACCUCCUCCAUCACCUCCUCAUCACCUCCUCCAUCACCUCCUCAUCACCUCCUCCAUCUCCUCCAUCCAUCACCUCCUCCAUCACCUCCUCCAUCACCUCCUCAUCACCUCCUCCAUCACCUCCUCCAUCACCUCCUCCAUCACCUCCUCAUCACCUCCUCCAUCACCUCCUCAUCACCUCCUCCAUCACCUCCUCCUCCUCCUCACCUCCUCCAUCACCUCCUCCAUCACCUCCUCAUCACCUCCUCCAUCACCUCCUCCAUCACCUCCUCCAUCACCCUCCUCCAUCACCUCCUCCUCACCUCCUCCAUCACCUCCUCCAUCACCUCCUCCAUCACCUCCUCCAUCCCUCCUCAUCACCUCCUCCAUCACCUCCUCAUCACCACUCCUCCAUCACCUCCUCCAUCACCUCCUCCAUCACCUCCUCAUCACCUCCUCCAUCACCUCCUCCAUCUCCUCCUCAUCACCUCCUCAUCACCUCCUCCAUCACCUCCUCCAUCACCUCCUCAUCACCUCCUCCAUCACCUCCCCCAUCACCUCCUCCAUCACCUCCUCCAUCACCUCCUCCAUCACCUCCUCCAUCACCUCCUCCAUCACCUCCUCCAUCACCUCCUCAUCACCUCCUCCAUCACCUCCUCCAUCACCUCCUCCAUCCUCCUCUCAUCACCUCCCAUCCCCCUCCAUCACCUCCUCAUCACCUCCUCCAUCACCUCCUCCAUCACCUCCUCAUCACCUCCCCCAUCACCUCCUCCAUCACCUCCUCCAUCACCUCCUCCAUCACCUCCUCAUCACCUCCUCCAUCACCUCCAUCACCUCCUCCAUCACCUCCUCAUCACCUCCUCCAUCACCUCCUCAUCACCUCCUCCAUCACCUCCUCCAUCUCCUCCUCAUCACCUCCUCCAUCACCUCCUCAUCACCUCCUCCAUCACCUCCUCCAUCACCUCCUCCAUCUCCUCCUCAUCACCUCCUCCAUCACCUCCUCCAUCACCUCCUCCAUCACCUCCUCAUCACCUCCUCCAUCACCUCCUCCAUCACCUCCUCCAUCACCUCCUCAUCACCUCCUCCAUCUCCUCCUCCAUCACCUCCUCCAUCACCUCCUCCAUCACCUCCUCAUCACCUCCUCCAUCACCUCCUCCAUCACCUCCUCAUCACCUCCUCCAUCACCUCCUCAUCACCUCCUCCAUCACCUCCUCCAUCACCUCCUCAUCACCUCCUCCAUCACCUCCUCAUCACCUCCUCCAUCUCCUCCUCCAUCACCUCCUCCAUCACCUCCUCCAUCACCUCCUCAUCACCUCCUCCAUCACCUCCUCCAUCACCUCCUCCAUCACCUCCUCAUCACCUCCUCCAUCACCUCCUCAUCACCUCCUCCAUCACCUCCUCCUUCACCUCCUCCAUCACCUCCUCCAUCACCUCCUCAUCACCUCCUCCAUCACCUCCUCCAUCACCUCCUCCAUCACCUCCUCCUUCACCUCCUCCAUCACCUCCUCCAUCACCUCCUCCAUCACCUCCUCAUCACCUCCUCCAUCUCCUCCUCAUCACCUCCUCCAUCACCUCCUCAUCACCUCCUCCAUCACCUCCUCCAUCUCCUCCUCCAUCACCUCCUCCAUCACCUCCUCAUCACCUCCUCCAUCACCUCCUCCAUCUCCUCCUCAUCACCUCCUCAUCACCUCCUCCAUCACCUCCUCCAUCUCCUCCUCAUCACCUCCUCCAUCACCUCCCCCAUCACCUCCUCCAUCACCUCCUCCAUCACCUCCUCCAUCACCUCCUCCAUCACCUCCUCCAUCACCUCCUCCAUCACCUCCUCAUCACCUCCUCCAUCACCUCCUCCAUCACCUCCUCCAUCUCCUCCUCAUCACCUCCUCCAUCACCUCAUCAUCACCUCCUCCAUCACCCUCCUCCAUCACCUCCUCAUCACCUCCCCCAUCCCCUCCUCCAUCACCUCCUCCAUCACCUCCUCCAUCACCUCCUCCAUCACCUCCUCCAUCACCUCCUCCAUCACCUCCUCCAUCACCUCCUCAUCACCUCCUCCAUCACCUCCUCCAUCACCUCCUCAUCACCUCCUCCAUCACCUCCUCCAUCUCCUCCUCAUCACCUCCUCCAUCACCUCCUCCAUCACCUCCUCCAUCACCUCCUCCAUCUCCUCCUCAUCACCUCCUCCAUCACCUCCUCCAUCACCUCCUCAUCACCUCCUCCAUCACCUCCUCCAUCACCUCCUCAUCACCUCCUCCAUCUCCUCCUCCAUCACCUCCUCCAUCACCUCCUCCAUCACCUCCUCAUCACCUCCUCCAUCACCUCCUCCAUCACCUCCUCCAUCACCUCCUCAUCACCUCCUCCAUCACCUCCUCAUCACCUCCUCCAUCACCUCCUCCUUCACCUCCUCCAUCACCUCCUCCAUCUCCUCCUCAUCACCUCCUCCAUCACCUCCUCCAUCUCCUCCUCAUCACCUCCUCCAUCACCCUCCUCCAUCACCCCCUCCUUCACCUCCUCCAUCACCUCCUCAUCACCUCCUCCAUCACCUCCUCCAUCACCUCCUCCAUCACCUCCUCAUCACCUCCUCCAUCUCCUCCUCAUCACCUCCUCCAUCACUUCCUCCAUCACCUCCUCCAUCACCUCCUCAUCACCUCCUCCAUCACCUCCUCCAUCACCUCCUCCAUCUCCUCCUCCAUCACCUCCUCCAUCACCUCCUCCAUCACCUCCUCAUCACCUCCUCCAUCACCUCCUCCAUCACCUCCUCAUCACCUCCUCCAUCACCUCCUCAUCACCUCCUCCAUCACCUCCCCCAUCACCUCCUCCAUCACCUCCUCAUCACCUCCUCCAUCACCUCCUCCAUCACCUCCUCAUCACCUCCUUCAUCACCUCCUCCAUCACCUCCUCCAUCACCUCCUCAUCACCUCCUCCAUCACCUCCUCCAUCACCUCCUCCAUCACCUCCUCAUCACCUCCUCCAUCACCUCCUCAUCACCUCCUCCAUCACCUCCUCCUUCACCUCCUCCAUCACCUCCUCCAUCUCCUCCUCAUCACCUCCUCCAUCACCUCCUCCAUCACCUCCUCCAUCUCCUCCUCAUCACCUCCUCCAUCACCUCCUCCAUCACCUCCCCCUUCACCUCCUCCAUCACCUCCUCAUCACCUCCUCCAUCACCUCCUCCAUCACCUCCUCAUCACCUCCUCCAUCUCCUCCUCAUUACCUCCUCCAUCACCUCCUCCAUCACCUCCUCCAUCACCUCCUCAUCACCUCCUCCAUCUCCUCCUCAUCACCUCCUCCAUCACCUCCUCCAUCACCUCCUCUCAUCACACCUCCUCCAUCACCUCCUCCAUCUCCUCCUCCAUCACCUCCUCCAUCACCUCCUCCAUCACCUCCUCAUCACCUCCUCCAUCACCUCCUCCCUCACCUCCUCCAUCUCCUCCUCAUCACCUCCUCCAUCACCUCCUCAUCACCUCCUCCAUCACCUCCUCCAUCUCCUCCUCAUCACCUCCCCAUCACCUCCCCCAUCACCUCCUCCAUCACCUCCUCCAUCACCUCCUCAUCACCUCCUCCAUCACCUCCUCAUCACCUCCUCCAUCUCCUCCUCAUCACCUCCUCCAUCACCUCCUCAUCACCUCCUCCAUCACCUCCUCCAUCUCCUCCUCAUCACCUCCCCCAUCACCUCCUCCAUCACCUCCUCCAUCACCUCCUCCAUCACCUCCUCCGUCACCUCCUCCAUCACCUCCUCCAUCACAUCCUCCAUCACCUCCUCAUCACCUCCUCCAUCACCUCCUCCAUCACCUCCUCCUCAUCACCUCCUCCAUCACCUCCUCCAUCACCUCCUCAUCACCUCCUCCAUCUCCUCCUCAUCACCUCCUCCAUCACCUCCUCCAUCACCUCCUCCAUCACCUCCUCAUCACCUCCUCCAUCUCCUCCUCAUCACCUCCUCCAUCACCUCCUCCAUCACCUCCUCCAUCACCUCCUCAUCACCUCCUCCAUCACCUCCUCCAUCUCCUCCUCCAUCACCUCCUCCAUCACCUCCUCCAUCACCUCCUCAUCACCUCCUCCAUCACCUCCUCCCUCACCUCCUCCAUCUCCUCCUCAUCACCUCCUCCAUCACCUCCUCCAUCACCUCCUCAUCACCUCCUCCAUCACCUCCUCCAUCUCCUCCUCAUCACCCUCCCCCAUCACCUCCCCCAUCACCUCCUCCAUCACCUCCUCAUCACCUCCUCCAUCACACCUCCUCCAUCACCUCCUCCUCAUCACCUCCUCCAUCACCUCCUCCAUCUCCUCCUCAUCACCUCCUCCAUCACCUCCUCAUCACCUCCUCCAUCACCUCCUCCAUCUCCUCCUCAUCACCUCCCCCAUCACCUCCUCCAUCACCUCCUCCAUCACCUCCUCCAUCACCUCCUCCGUCACCUCCUCCCAUCACCUACGGGGCAGACCAGCGUGGCCUGGGUGAAGUAGCAGGGGUUGGGGCGCUCCUCCUUGAUGAAGCUGGGAGGGGGGCACUGGGCUGGGGUGGUGGGGGCGCGCUGGGGGAGGUUUGGGGUCAGAUGAGAGUCCGGGACCUGGACUUGGACUGGACUGUCCGGCUGCCACAGGGACUUCUUGGCACCUUUGCAUUUGAGAGUGCGGGCGCGUCUGUUCUGGAACCAAACCUGGAGGAGAAAAGGGAAAGACACGGCAACAUCAUUAUUCCUCUCUCUCCAAACACGUGGGGGGGGGGGGGGGGGGGGGGGGGGGGGGGGGGGGGGGGGGGGGGGGGGGGGGGGGGGGGGGGGGGGGGGGGGGGGGGGGGGGGGGGGGGGGGGGGGGGGGGGGGGGGGGGGGGGGGGGGGGGGGGGGGGGGGGGGGGGGGGGGGGGGGGGGGGGGGGGGGGGGGGGGGGGGGGGGGGGGGGGGGGGGGGGGGGGGGGGGGGGGGGGGGGGGGGGGGGGGGGGGGGGGGGGGGGGGGGGGGGGGGGGGGGGGGGGGGGGGGGGGGGGGGGGGGGGGGGGGGGGGGGGGGGGGGGGGGGGGGGGGGGGGGGGGGGGGGGGGGGGGGGGGGGGGGGGGGGGGGGGGGGGGGGGGGGGGGGGGGGGGGGGGGGGGGGGGGUUGGGGGGGGGGGGGGGGGGGGGGGGGGGGGGGGGGGGGGGGGGGGGGGGGGGGGGGGGGGGGGGGGGGGGGGGGGGGGGGGGGGGGGGGGGGGGGGGGGGGGGGGGGGGGGGGGGGGGGGGGGGGGGGGGGGGGGGGGGGGGGGGGGGGGGGGGGGGGGGGGGGGGGGGGGGGGGGGGGGGGGGGGGGGGGGGGGGGGGGGGGGGGGGGGGGGGGGGGGGGGAGGGGGGGGGGGGGGGGGGGGGGGGGGGGGGGGGGGGGGGGGGGGGGGGGGGGGGGGGGGAGUGGGGGGGGGGGGGGGGGGGGGGGGGGGGGGGGAGGGGGGAGUAUGA